AUGGCCUCUUUCCCUCCGCCAAACUCAAGCAAGCUUCUCUUCUUGCGUCGAGUUCGAACGUCGCUUUCCGACAAGGUAGUCUGGAAGCGGAAGCCGAGCAGUGGUCGCCUCCCCCGAUCGCUUCCUCCCAGUCUACUCCCAGAAGACUAUCCCCAUGUCUUCGAAACGAUCAUCAACUGCCUUCCUCUCAAACAGCGUCUGCGACUUCGAUGCGUCUGUUCGGCGCUGAAGGCCCUGGUUGACAGGUCGUUUGUGACAUUGGACCUGUCCUUCAUCUUCACCGGCUGCGGACCGGCGGAUGUGCAGGCGGAGAAUAUACGCCUUCCUUACUUCCAUGAAGCGGGAGAUCAAGUACUGCAAGCAUCAGCGAUCCGCAGAGCACGACAUGUUCACAUCCGCGGCAACACAAGCGAGUGGAUGCCUCUCGACGCCCGCCUCAACGUUUGGCUUAGCCACCUCCAGGACGGCACAGUCGUGACGAUAGAGUCUAUCAAAAACACUGCUCAGCGACCACUGGCACUACCUCGCAUUCAACGGCUGGACAUUGGACGGGAGUACCUGCAGGGUGGCGAGGAGGGACGGAGACUGUUCAUAUCUCGGCAUGGCGCGCGUGAACUCAAGCUCUACCUCCACAUCCACGAGUACCCGACCCAUCUUCUGGACGAGGCCAACUUUGCGUCGCGGGGCCGCGCCGUCGACUUUCUCAAUCAAGGCGUCGAAACGCUGAUCAUCGCAGUGACCUGGAAGGGCUUCAACCACGCAGCUGGUCAUGUGUCCAACGUCAUUCGGCUCCUGUUCUACGGGGUGCUCGGCGCACAGAUCUUCAGGCGACUGCGUGUUCGCAUCGAGUGCAGUGACAUUGCGUUCCAUGGGUUCUAUGGCGCACUCGAUCUGCAGGAAGACAUUGCUGGUCACUUUCGAAUUCCCACAUCGCACGUCAGCAUCGCCUCCCCUCUUCGAUUGGGCUUCUGA